UCUGUGUGAGUAAUGGAGCAGCCCUGUGGUGUUGUUUAAGGACAAGGACACCGUCACUGUCAGUGUUGCUUUCACAUGUGAGUCUAACAUGGCGAGAUUUCUGAGACCCAGCGUCAAGACUUUCAUCAGUUCUCAGCUCAGGAUGUCGUCAGACCAGCUGGGUGAGCUGGGCAAAGGUGCCGGAAAAGGUGGUGGAGGUGGAGGGUCCAUCAGAGAGGCUGGUGGAUCCAUGGGGAAGAAGCAGGCCGCUGAGGAGGAGAUGUACUUCAAGCGUAAAGAGAGGGAGCAGAUGGCCGCGUUGAGGCAGCACCACGAGGAAGAAAUUGACCACCACAAAAAGGAGAUUGAACGUCUGCAGUGUGACAUCGACCGUCACAAGGGAAAGAUCAGGAAGCUGAAGCACGACGACUGACUUCCCUCCCGCUGACAGACACCUUUAGAAAUAACUGCUUGCUGCAUGUGCCGUCUCACCGGGCCUGACAUGAAUGUGUGGUUGACUUUUCUGUAAAUGCUUGAAAGUUAUUGAAGCUUUUCAUUAAAUGAUUAUUGUUUCAAUUGCA